AUGACCACAACACCCGCAUCAAUGACUUCAUGGGGGGUCUUCGAUGACCCGAAGGCGCGCUUCGAAGCACGUGAGGAGACCGAGUUGGCCAUGACCGACCUUGACGACGGCGAUCCGCUCGACUCUCUGAUUCUGAGGACGUCACAGUGAGUCGAUCUAAGAUUGAGCUGCAGAUUAUGAGGAUGGCUGACCUCGUAGUGCUUGGAAUCUAUCCAGGAUCCUCGAGACAUCGCGAUCGCUCCUCGCGUCCACACGAUCGACACGGAGGGCGAUCGAACGCAUAUGCGGCCUUAGCGACGACUCGAUCCACAAGUCCACAAGUACAGAUCUACGACCCAUCUUUGAACGCUUCAGCAUGACCGAAUCGGACCUGAGACAUCUGGGCAAUCACGUCGAAGCGUUCGCGCUGCAUGGAUCCUCGUCCGCUUCGUCGACACUGCACCGCCGUAACGACUCGAAGGCUGUGUUGAUGCUUCCCUCCAACCCAACCAGCUUCUUCGGGGGAAUGAAAGUCGACGGAACUGGCUCUUCGAGGUCGAUCGAAUCCCUGAGAAGCAAGCUGCAGGCUCCCAAGGUAUCGACGGAGGAAGGGGACGGGCUGCAGGGCUUACCCGACUGGACUCGGGAUCGACCGUCCAGAUUCGACAGGGGCCGAAGCCCAAUCUCGGCUGUAACGAAUACACAAAAAUCUCCACCCACACCCGAGCUGCCCUCAACCGCCACCGCCUCUACACUUCCCUCUCGUGCCUCGGCGCUCCUUCGCACACUCUCGUCUUCACCUUCAACAUCGUCCUUCGCCCAGUCUCGACCCAGUCUUGCUUCGACAUCAUUGAGGACGUUGGCGGAUCGACCAUGGUCACCCCCAAACACGGACCCGGUCGAAUCACCCACCUCAUCCACCGACAACUCGUUUUCCUUCUCCCCCGGUUCAUCCACCUCGACGGCACCGUCAUCGCUCGCCGACACUUCGUUCGAAUGGGAGUCGUACUCGCCCUUGCCACCUUGCGCAUCUUCAGAUCUCCACGGCUCACCUCGACUAGGUCAUUUGGACGAAUAUGACUGCCGUCCGACAACGCCUUCGCCCCUUGGCCGAAGGACCACGAACACCCGAUCGCUAAGCUCGAACGAAUUGUCCCCCUUCGCCACUCCGACUCGAGCAAACACGUACCAAAUUCGCCUCAUCGCCGACUCCCCCGCCUCCAUCUCCAUAUCCGACACAUCACUUUCUCCCGGUCCUGUCAGAUCCACAAGCCCUUCACCCGUUCCCCAAGUAGAGAGGGAAGAGAACGAACUCCUUCCCGAACUGCUCGCCCGUCCCUCCCUGACCACGCACCACCGACGUCGUUCUUCCAGCGCUUCCCUCCGUCUCCCCGACUCAGCAAAUCGCAUCCAUUCCAAAACGGCUAUGGCGAGUCUCACGCGCAACAGCUCCAUGAUCUUCGCUGAGCCUCAUCAAAACAACGGAGGAAGGGGUGGGGAUCGUUCGACGACGAGAGGUCAUCAGCGGAACGAGAGUGGGGCGAUGAGGAAGCUGUUGGAACAACAGGAACGGUUGGGCGUUGGGAACUCGGCCACCUUAGCAAAGGAUGGACAUGGAGGGAGUGGAGCUGGGGCGGGUGGGAAGGGGUGGUGGGGGUAUUGGAAUUCGACGAGUGGGAAUACGGAUCAGCGGUCGUAG